AUGUCUGCUUGUGCUCUCUUCCUCCUCGCCUUACUUGCAAGCUUAAGAUCUCAUGCACAGCAACAAGAUCCUAACUACAUAUACCAUGUUUGCCCAAACACGACAACUUACUCCAAAAACAGCACAUACUCUUCCAACGUUAGAGCCCUUUUGUCCUCUCUUUCUUCCAAUAGUCUUUCUUCCCCCACCAGAUCUCACAGAACAGUUGAAGGUCAACAAAGCCCUGACUUGGUUUUUGGUCUUUUUCUUUGUCGGAGAGAUCUGUCGCGGGAGGUCUGCAAUAACUGCGUCGUCUUUGCUGCCAACGACACUCUGUAUCGAUGUCCAGAGGAGAAAACAGUCUUGAUAUGGUACGACGAGUGCAUGCUUCGAUACACUGACCAGAAUAUUUUCUCGGAAACAUCACUCCAAAACGGAACAAAUGGACUAAUCAUGUGGAACACUCAGAAUGUUUCAGAAAACCAACAAGAUCAGUUUCGUGAUGUAGUGUUCUCUUUGAUGAACAAGUGUGCAAACGAGGCUGUUAAUAGUUCAGAAAGGUUUGCGGUUAGCAAGUCCAACUUUACACCACCGAUUGAGACAAUUUAUGGAAUGGUUCAAUGCAUACCCGAUUUGUCGAAUGAGGCUUGUUUUAAUUGUCUACAACAGACCAUCCGUUUAUUACCCACUGAUAAAAUUGGGGGAAGACUUCUUAUGCCGAGUUGUAACUCAAGGUACGAGCGCUACAUAUUCUACGAAGAAACUGCUCAACCUCCUCACCCUCAGUUGGAUUCAGCUCCUCCUCCGCCUUCCCAAGGACCUGGAAAAGGCAGAAACUCCUCUGUCAUAGCAAUCGCUGUUGUUGUUCCAACCACAGUCAUUUUUCUUCUUCUCAUAUACAUUUUCUGGGCUAAAAAGAAAAAGAGAACUUAUGAGACGGAACCACUUGCUGAAGAUAGGGACGAUCUUACAACUGCAGGGUCACUUCAGUUUGAUUUUAAGGCAAUUGAGGCAGCAACUGAUAAGUUUUCUGAAACUAACAAACUUGGUCAAGGUGGAUUUGGGCAAGUCUACAAGGGUACCUUUCCUAGUGGAGUACAAGUUGCGGUGAAGAGGCUAUCAAAGACAUCAGGACAAGGUGAAAGAGAGUUCGAGAAUGAAGUUGUUGUUGUGGCAAAGCUUCAGCAUAGAAAUUUGGUAAAGCUGCUUGGUUUUUGUUUGGAAGGAGAAGAGAAGAUACUUAUCUAUGAGUUUGUGCCUAAUAAAAGCCUCGAUUACUUCCUUUUUGAUUCUACCAUGCAGAACAAGCUGGACUGGACAAUACGGUACAAAAUCAUUAAAGGAAUUGCUAGAGGGAUUCUAUAUCUCCAUCAAGAUUCACGACUCACAAUCAUCCAUCGUGAUCUCAAAGCCGGUAACAUCUUACUGGACGCUGAUAUGAACCCAAAAGUCGCAGACUUUGGAAUGGCGAGAAUUUUUGGAAUGGACCAAACAGAAGCAAAUACAAAAAGAGUAGUCGGAACCUAUGGUUACAUGUCUCCGGAAUAUGCAAUGUACGGCCAAUUCUCCAUGAAAUCAGAUGUGUACAGUUUUGGGGUCUUAGUUCUUGAGAUUAUAAGUGGCAAGAAAAACAGCAGUACCCAUCAAAUGGAUGGUACUGCUGGCAAUUUGGUUUCAUAUACAUGGAGACUAUGGAGCAAUGGAUCACCAUUAGAGCUCAUGGAUGAAUCAUUUCGAGAUAAUUAUCAAACAGGCGAAGUUAUAAAAUGCAUCCAUAUCGCUUUACUAUGUGUUCAAGAAGAAGCUGAAGAUCGUCCAACCAUGUCAGAUAUCGUCCAAAUGCUCACUACUAGCUCCAUCCCUCUCAUUGUGCCUCAACCACCUGGAUUUUUCUCCCGAAGUAAGCAUGAAAAAGUUGGAGGAGUGGAUCCAUCCAUGGAUACGUUUGCCACAGGUUCUGUGGACGAUGCUUCCAUUACUCAAGUAGCUCCUCGUUAG